GCGAGCUGGGGAGCGACUGUCUUCCCCCUUCGGCGAGGAGCGGCGCGGGGGAUUCGUAGGAUUUCGUCGGAGCGCGAAGAUGGCGACGCCGAGUUUGUCGGAGGUCGGCGGCUCGCUGCUGGAGAAGGCGGCGGGGAGCUCGCUCUCCCUCUUGCUGGCCGCCUUGGCCCUGGGCUUGGGGUUCUUACUUCAGGUGGGCUCUCGCAACCGGAGACAGCCCGACAGCGGCCAGGAGAAGUAUCCUCCUUAUAUUUCAUCAAACAUCCCCUUUUUUGGCCAUGCAAUUGCUUUUGGGAAAAGUCCAAUUGAAUUUUUAGAAAAUGCUUAUGAAAAGUAUGGGCCUGUAUUUAGCUUCACGAUGGUGGGGAAGAAAUUUACUUAUCUGCUGGGUAGUGAUGCUGCUGCUCUUCUGUUCAACAGUAAAAAUGAAGACUUGAAUGCAGAGGAUGUGUAUUCACGGCUAACCACACCUGUCUUUGGAAAAGGAGUUGCAUAUGAUGUACCACACCCAGUAUUUUUGGAACAAAAGAAAAUGCUGAAAAGUGGCUUGAAUAUAGCACAGUUUAAAAACCAUGUGCCAAUAAUAGAAAAAGAAACUAAGGAAUACUUUAAAACUUGGGGAGAAAGUGGAGAAAGAAACUUGUUUGAAGCUCUUUCAGAACUAAUAAUUUUGACAGCAAGUCACUGUCUGCAUGGGAAAGAGAUAAGAAGUAUUCUUAAUGAGAAGGUAGCACAGUUGUAUGCUGAUCUGGAUGGGGGAUUUACUCAUGCUGCUUGGCUUUUGCCACACUGGCUGCCUUUGCCAAGCUUCAGGAGACGAGAUAGAGCCCACCAAAAAAUAAAGGCUAUCUUCUACAAAAUAAUUCAGAAACGACGACAGUCCUUGAAGAUUGAGGAUGAUAUGCUUCAAAUGCUACUGGAUGUCACUUACAAGGAUGGGCGUAACCUGACAGAUGAUGAAAUUGCUGGGCUGCUUAUUGGGCUGCUUUUAGCAGGGCAGCACACAUCUUCAACCACUAGUGCUUGGCUUGGCUUCUUUUUGGCUAGAGAAAAAUCACUCCAGGAACAGUGUUACAGGGAACAAAAAGCAGUGCGUGGAGAGGAUUUUCCUCCAUUACAUUAUGAUCAGCUCAAGGAAAUGAGUUUUCUGGACAGUUGUUUGAAAGAAACAUUGAGACUUAGGCCUCCUAUAAUGACUAUGAUGAGGAUGGCUAAAACUCCACAAACUGUUGCUGGGUAUACAAUUCCACCUGGGCAUCAAGUUUGCGUGUCUCCCACGGUCAAUCAUAGACUUAAAGAUUGUUGGGUAGAAAAUGUAAGCUUCAAACCAAGCCGUUAUCUCCAAGAUAACCCUGUUGCAGCUGGAGAGAAGUUUGCAUACAUACCAUUUGGUGCUGGUCGUCACCGUUGUAUUGGAGAAAAUUUUGCUUAUGUUCAAAUUAAGACAAUUUGGUCAACUCUUCUGCAUUUAUAUGAAUUUGAUUUGGUGGAUGGAUAUUUUCCUACCAUAAAUUAUGCAACUAUGAUCCACACACCCAAUAAUCCAGUCAUCAGAUACAAAAGUAGGUCACACAGUGCAGCUUUCUUCAGCUAACCUGCAGAGACAUAUCUGGACAAGUUAUGUAAAGAUUACACCAGAGGAGCUGGUCAGCGUUUGGACUGUUGUGAAGAAAUGUGAACAUUACAUUGUUUUUUAGAAUAUCUGACAGCCUGUUCCUUGCUUUAAGUUCUUACGUAAUUUGAAUAUGCAUUCUUAAUUAUUUGUGCCUUUUAAAUCCAAAUUAGUUAACUUUGAAACAAAAUGGAUGCUGUUUUAAAAAAACCUAUUAUUGAGUCGUUGCAUAGACUCCCAUCUUUUAAUACAAAUUAAUUAAGAGUAUUACCUAGUGUUCUUGAACUAUUAAGAAAAGGCUCCAAAUCACUCUGCUAACAUGAUACCAACUUCGACUGAGCAUAACUAUGCCAGCUUUUAAUCACUAAUAAUGGGAACCACAGGCCUUGGAAGUGUCUCUGUGGUAUUGGAAGAAACACGGAUUGCCCUUCUAAAAAUGGGCACCAUUUUUCUAGUUUUAAAAAUAUCACUUGUCAAAAUUUGUCUCCUGCGGGGAAAAAUUCAAUGUAAGUUUUCUGAAGAAGCAACUUGCAAGUACCACAGAGAAAGAAUUGACCUGUGCUGCAGAAAAUAAGCCAGGAGGAAUUAGGCACAUGAUUAUGAAAUCUGCUAGCUUCUCAGAGAUAAAAUGUAGGUAGGCAGUGAUGGAGCCAUUGCUUGGUGUGUUUUGUCCUACUAAUGUGGAGAUCAGUAAUCAGGAUUGUAGGUUUUUAAAUGUUAUGCAUGUUAGAAUGCCAAGCCACUUCAUCAGUACAUUCUAAGACCGCAUUAAAGUUUUAAAUUAAAUGCA